GUCCCGCGUGCGCUCCGAUGAUGACGUCACGCACAGCCACUACAAACAUGGCGUCGAAGGCUCUCCGUCAGCGCAGCAGACGGGGAAGCAAACAAGACGCGAACAGCGUGAACAGCACACCUACCACUGACAACCGAGCAACAAAAGACGACAAAUGUUUUGAGGAAAAUAAGUCCAGUGACCCCCGAAAUGAUUUGCUCCCAGAUAAGCACAUUAGCUCCUAUCCCCCGCCUCUCCUUUACAGGUCAUCCAGUAAAGCAGGACAGGUGUGGGCUCCUGAGGGCUCCACGGCCUUCAAGUGCCUGGUUUCAGCCCGCUUCUGUGCUGCGCUGCUCAGUAACAUCUCAGACUGUGAUGAAACCUACAAUUACUGGGAGCCAACUCACUACCUGCUGUAUGGAACAGGAAUGCAGACAUGGGAAUAUUCCCCGGCCUAUGCGAUUCGUUCCUAUGCGUAUCUUUGGCUCCAUGCCCUUCCUGCCUGCUUUCAUGCCAAACUAUUACAAACCAACAAGGUCCUUGUGUUUUAUUUCCUGCGCUGCAUGCUAGCUUUUACCUGUUGUGUGUGCGAGCUCUACUUCUACAAGGCCGUGUGUAAAAAGUUUGGCUUGCAUGUGGGCCGGCUUCUGCUGGCGUUCCUCGUCCUGAGUGCAGGGAUGUUCUGCUCCUCUGCAGCUUUCCUCCCCAGUACGUUUUGCAUGUACAGUACAGUGGUAGCUAUGACUGGCUGGUUCCGGGGGCGCCCAAGUCUGGCUGUGCUGGGUAUUGCAGCGGGGGCCAUAGUGGGCUGGCCCUUCAGUGCCCUGCUGGGAAUACCCAUUGCCUUUGACCUGUUGUUUCUGAAGAAGAAGUGGAAGAGUUUUAUCACAUGGACUCUGGUGGCAUUGCUCCUCUUUCUGGUCCCUGUUGUUGUAGUAGACAGCUACUACUAUGGCAAGCUGGUGAUGGCUCCUCUGAAUAUAAUACUAUACAACGUGUUCACUCCUCAUGGGCCAGAUCUUUAUGGUACACUUCAGAUCAUUUUUAAGUGCUAUCACUUCAUAUUCCAGCGCUACCGUCUGGAACACUACACCAUCUCCUCCAACUGGCUGGCUCUCGGCUCUGUGCUGCUGUUUGGAGCGCUCUCGCUGUCCCGAUCUGUGGCCCUCUUCAGAGGCUAUCAUGCUCCGCUGGAUUUGUAUCCAGAGUUUCAUCGCAUUGCUAAAGACCCUGCAAUCCACACGGUUCCAGAAGGAAGACUGGUUAAUGUUUGUGCGGGGAAAGAGUGGUACCGCUUCCCCAGCAGUUUUCUCCUGCCCAACAACUGGCACUUACAGUUUAUCCAGUCAGAGUUCAGGGGUCAGUUACCUAAGCCAUAUUCCAUGGGUCCUGAUGCCACCUGGAUGAUCCCAUCAGACAUGAAUGAUCAGAAUCUUGAGGAGCUGUCACGAUACGUAGAACUGAAGCAGUGUCAUUACCUGGUGGAUCUGGCAACUGAAACAGAAGCCCCUCGUGAACCACGAUACGCCACUAACAAAGAGGAGUGGAGCGUUAUUGCUGAAAAGCCUUUUCUAGACACUACUAGGUCGUCCAGAUUGCUCAGGGCCUUUUUUAUCCCAUUUCUGUCUGAGCAAUACACCACCUACAGCAGAUAUGUCAUCCUCAAACCGAGACGACCCAAGCAAACCCGGAAAAGAAUGCAAGCCUGACCUACCAGAGUAACCAUCUUGGCUAUCAAGCCAUGCAGUAUCGGCCUGUAUGUAGACUUCAGUGGUGCUGGCCAUCCUGGACAGUUCCAGCACAGAGCAUGGAUGCCUUACCCGUCUUUCCCCAUCAUCUCCGCUUCAUUCCAUUCUCUUUGUUCCUUUAUUCCUGCUUGGGCUUCUCUGCAUCUUUCUGAAGCAUUUCAGAAGAUUUCUGUUUAGACAACCCUUUAAGGACUACAGUCCUUUGUUUGUUAUGACCACAGCCUUGAUCUGGGACAAUGAACUGAAUAUUAAUGCAGAUCCAAACCAGAUCUCAUGUGUCAUCAUCCAUCCAUACAUCCAUUCAGAGCUGAACUUCCUGUUUGAGCAACUGGUCCAGGCCAGCCCUCAGCAUCUCAAGAUGAAAGUUGCACCAAAAACUCUCUUGGUUUCCUCCAGUUCCGUCGUCAGUAAAUGUGGCCAUGGACUGUGAGUUCAGACUGCAGACCAGGACUGUUGAGUGUUUGCAUUCCAAAUCAUGUUUGUCAUCUUAAUCAUAUCAGUGUUAACUGUGAUUGAGUCAAAUAAAAGAAGGCUGUCUUAAUGUGUGGCUGGGCCAUCUCAGAAAGCCUAGAAAUAUCAGGGAA